AUGUCCUUCUCCAGCCAGCUCAGCUCCCGCUGCUCCGCGCCCUGCGCCGUGUCCUGCCCCCAGCCCUGCGCCGACACCUGGAACCAGCCCUGUGUCACCUCCUGCGGGGACUCGCGGGCCGUGGUCUACCCUCCGCCCGUGGUCAUCACCUUCCCGGGGCCCAUCCUCAGCUCCUGCCCCCAGGAGAGCAUCGUGGGGUCCGCAUUCCCAGUGGGAAUGGAGCGCUCCGCGGGCCUGCAGGGCUCCCUGGUCUAUGGAGGCUUCUUGUCCUCCUCCAGGAAUGCCUGGAGCCAGCGCUCCGGGGGCUGCGGGCCCUGCUGA